ACCAGCGUCUCAGAUGAGGUUGCUGGAGAGGCGUGAACUAGCGCAGAGAUCGGUGUUCUGGAGUGUUUAACCUAUACUGUCACAAAGCAAAGCGCAUCCGAGCUUCGCGUUAUCUGCGUCACUUUGGAGAGGUAGUGCAAUCCUCAGCAGUGUUCUGAGACUGCACUAACUGCUCCGGCCAGCACUGGAGACGUCCGGAGAAUGGACAUUACGGAGAGGAGAUCAUAAAUAAAACCAUCGUACAUGUGCGCAAACUUUUAAAGAUACAAAGCUUUUUCGUUCGGAAGGUGAAUUCUUUUUUACGCAGGAAAAACUCAACGGUUGUCGUCUGCGUUGACCCAUAAUGACAGCCGAGAGAGAGAAAAAGAGGCAUCCUUCGGAAAGGCGCAAGGAAAAGUCUCGAGAUGCUGCCCGCUGCAGGCGCAGUAAAGAGACAGAGGUGUUCUACGAACUAGCCCACCAGCUCCCAUUACACCACAGCGUCAGCUCACACCUGGAUAAAGCCUCCAUCAUGAGACUAGCCAUCAGUUUCCUGCGAACACGCAAACUCUUUAACUCAGUUCAACAAACUCGGUCACAAAAUGACAGCCAUAUGGACAGUCUAUAUUUGAAGUCUCUGGAAGGCUUUGUUGCCGUGGUAACGUCAGAUGGGGACAUUAUAUUCCUCUCAGAGAAUGUCAGUAAAUAUAUGGGCCUCACACAGGUGGAACUGACAGGUCACAGCAUCUUUGACUUCACACACCCUUGCGAUCAUGAAGAGAUCAGAGAAAAUCUAAGCGUCAAAUGCGGUCCUGUGUAUGGCAAGAAGGGUAAAGAAAUGAGCACAGGAAGAGAUUUCUUUAUGAGGAUGAAGUGUACGGUCACCAACAGAGGUCGCACUGUCAACCUCAAAUCAGCCAGCUGGAAGGUGCUGCAUUGCACAGGGCAACUGCAAGUGUGCAACAGCCGCCCACCUCAAGUCCUGUGUGGGUUUUCCGAACCGCCCCUCACAUGCGUUACUAUGCUGUGUGCACCAAUCCCACACCCCUCCACCGUGGACACACCCCUCGACAGCAAGUCGUUUAUGAGCAGACACAGUAUGGACAUGAGGUUUAUCUACUGCGAUGAGAGAGUAAGCAGUUUGAUUGGCUAUAGAGCAGAGGAACUUCUCGGCCGUUCUGUGUAUGAGUUCUGCCAUGCUCUGGACUCUGAAAACAUGACGAGGAGCCACCAAAAUCUUUGUAAUAAGGGUCAAGUGGUGAGUGGCCAGUACAGAAUAUUAGCCAAACACGGAGGCUAUGUUUGGGUGGAGACCCAGGCAACCGUCAUCUACAACAAUCGCAACUCCAAACCACAGUGCAUCAUCUGCAUCAACUACAUCCUGAGUUCUGUUGAAGAGCAAUCGUUGAUUCUCUCCCUGGAUCAAACCGAGUCUCUGUUCAAGCCGUACCACAUGCCUAACACAGGAGAACUGUUCAGCCAGGGUGGAGCAGGCUCAGUUUUAGAACCCGAGGACCUUCCUUUCACUAAGCUCAAGGCAGACCCUGAGGAGCUAGCCCAGUUAGCACCUAUGCCGGGAGACACCAUCAUUGCCCUGGACUUUGAGAGUCCACAGUUUGAAGAGUCGGCUUUCUUCCCCGAGUCUACCAAGAUGCCCGUGGUCAGCCAGUCAUGGGUUGAGGACAUGCCUCCUGAAAGCAGUCCUGAUUGUAGCCUGUCUAAAAUGUCCUCUGCCUUCACUGUGCUCCAGGUGCCUCCUCAAGGCAAGGCCACGCCCUGUACCACGCUCUGCUUGAGUCGAUGCAGCAGCAGUUGCUCCACACCUAGCAGCCCAAUAGAUUACUACGGCAAGGAUCUGAAGGUGGAGCUGACAGAGAAGUUAUUUGGCCCUGAAAAUGUGGCAACAAAUCCCACAGACACCCAGUUGGACUUGAGCGAACUGGACCUGGAAACUCUCGCUCCCUACAUUCCCAUGGACGGUGAGGACUUCCAGCUGCACCCAAUCUGUCAGGAUGAGCCUGUGCCUGACACAGGUCCAGACCUUAGCACAGCCCUCCAGCACAGUUUUAGCAGCGUAGCUGAACUCUUUCAGCCCUUGGGCUUAUUCCCUUCUGACAACAAGAGCAGUUAUAACACAUGGCCAAACAUAGUUCAUGUGCAACAUUACCAAACUACACCCAACAUCCAACUCCCCUCUGAGAAGGGCAGGCAGGUUCUUCGGUGGCCUCCCGACCCUCCCUCACAGUAUGAACAUACAGAGAUUAGAUGCAUGGAUGAACACAACACAGAAGACCCAGGCCAAACGUGUAGUUUCUCUGCUGGGCUGCCAGAGCAAAGGUAUUUUGAGAACUUUGGCCUUGUACCGAAAGAGAUGAGCCUGGGGCAGGUUGCCCUCAUCAACAGCUUUAAACGGAAGAGACAGUCUGAGUUUGGUUCCUCGUGCUCCUUCUCUGAUAUCUCGAAGCAGGAGAUGAGCCUGUAUUCAGCUCACAAUGAGCCUGUAGAUGUUAAGAGGAUGAAGACCGUUGACAGCUGUGCCUUCUCUGUCAGGAAGUCUCUCAGCACGAGUGUGCUCACAGAUAAAUUUCCAUGUAUGCAAAGAGUUGUGGCUCCUGGCGGCUUCAUACACUCUCUCGAAGGGAGCUCGGAAGAUCUCAGACAGCAUUUUACAGAUACGUUCUGCCCACCCAAUAACAGGCAGUAUCACAUGCCGCCUUCACCUAGACACAGAGGGAUGAUAAGUCAGCUACUGGGCCCAUCUUUCGACACGUAUUGCCUUCCGGAGCUCACACGGUAUGACUGUGAGGUAAAUGUGCCUCUACAUGGGAACCUGCAUCUGCUGCAGGGCUGUGACCUUCUGAGAGCCCUGGACCAGACAACGUAGAGCUUCUGUAGCAAUCAUCCUCUCUCUGCUUGUUCCUUUCAUCUUUGUCAAUAUGUCUCUGUGCUGUUGUCUUGUAUGCAUGUAUUAUCAUGCUUUGUAUAUUUUCCUCUAAGACGUGUAAUAUUUUAAUAUAUUUUAAAAAUUGUAUUGUUAUUUGUUCCAAAUGUUUUCUCUGCUUGUAAUCUAAACUUUCCACAACAUUCCUCUUUAACAUAAUUGUUAUGUCAGGGAUGCUAUAUGGAGUCUAUAGGUUCUCUGCCAUCAUAAGCACUUUAUUUUAUAGAUCCAAAUGGAACUUCAAUGCUUUCAGUAGACCAAAAGGGGAAAGGACAGGGGUUUCUCUGGUGUAUUGUUAUCUCAUAUCUCGGCAAUCCCACACUAACCUGUUCUUUAAAGUAUUUCUUAUUCUCAGACUUAAUAUCACAACUGUAACUGUAAACGCGUAUGUAUUUUUUGUCAUACAAACAUAUCUAUUGUGUCUGUAAUCAGAGUUCUAUGCUCCGAUGUCUGUAACACAUAACAAAUGUUUGUAUUUGGUGUUCAGAAGUGCCUUGGUACUUGUCUACCUAGCAGUAGACAGAGAUUAAUCUAUAGCUUUCUUCUUUACAUGCCUAAUAUACUGUACAUGGUAGUUUAAGUUUGUUAUAUUUUGUAGUAUAUUUUUUGAUGUGUAUCACCUUCUUGUGAUACUCUGGGGUUUAUUUGUGUCAAUAACAAAAUCUAUAAGCUAAUUUCAGUUUUAUUUUUGAGAGAGUCUGUAAUUGUUCUCAUAGUGCCUUAAAGUAACAACCAUUGGUAUCUUGGUUUCACUCUUUCUUGGUAGCAUUAAAGCAUAAAUGUUUGCACCACUAAAACAAAAGCUGUUUUUCAAAAUAAUGCUACUUUUAAAUCAUUCUCAGAAAAUGCAUUUUUUCCAUGAUUCUGUCAGUGUUACAUGGGUAAUUAUUUUUAAUUUUAUAGUUUUUUUUUUCAUUUUUUAAAAGUGUAACUGUAGCCCUUAUGCUGAUAUAUUAUUUAAGAAAUAACUGCUCAGUUUUCCAACUGCUGCAGUUCAUAUAGACUUUCACUAGCUGACAGCACGCACAAACACACAAAAAUGCACAUUACUGUUUGCAGUGCCAGAUUAUGGGGUUAGUGGCUCGAGGUCUAUAAAUCCAGCACUGACAGUGUAUACAGAAACAAAUUUUUGCAUAGAAUUUUAGCAUCACCCCCUUCAAAUGUGAGGACAUUUGCAAGGAACUAUAAUGCUUAAUGCAGAUAAUGUUACCCCGAAACAUAUACUACUUUUUGGCUUUAAAACGACCACAAACCAAUCUGUUUGUAUCACUGAAAUUUGAGUAAUAUUUACAACAAUCAUGACGCAGAGAGAGGUGCAAUAUAUUAUUUUAGGUCAAAAGCCUUAAAGACAAGAGCUGCAGUUGGUUGAGAUAUGUUUGUUUCUGCAUUUGAUUCACCUUAAAAGCCUUUUUCGUCUAAUGUCUAAUACAAGUAUAGAUGUGAUUUGUGUAUGGGUUGUUCCUCUGUAUGGGAUCUUUGCCUGGUAUAAGAUUGUUACAGUGAUUAUUAAAGCAUUAAUAAUAUGAAUACGUUGGUGUUUAUCAGUG